UAAACUUAACCACAGAUUUUAGAUUCUUCAACACAGAUUUCUUUAUUAUAAAUUGUAACAUUUUUAGUCAAAAUUGUUAUUGUAUAAGUGAAUUUGAACUAGAUUUUACAACAUAGUAAGCAAUGUCAAUGUAUUAUUUAUAAUAAUAUUUGUUGAAAUUUAAAACUAUUUAUAUUUCAUUAUAAUGGUGCGAAGCAGUCGCGAUGGAAGACGUAGAAGUCGAAGUGUUUCUCCUUCUGUAGAACGUAAACGGCGUCGAUCCCGCAGCAGAGAUAGGGGCUCUAAGUCAAGUAGGCAUCGAAGAUCUAGAUCUCGAGACAGACGAGACAGAAGUCGUGAUAGAAGAAGAGCUGAUAGUAAAGAGAAGGAGCGAAAUCGCGAGAGUCGAUCCCGUAGAUACUCACGUUCCUCAUCCAAGGAAAGAGAAAAGGAAAAAUCACGUAAUGCAAAGGAAGAUAAAGAGGAUCAUUUUGUUCCAAGUCUUGUAGAAAAGGAAGAAGAGCAAAAGCGACUUGAAGCAGAAAUGCAAAAAAGGCGCGAAAGAAUUGAGAGAUGGCGUGCUGAAAGAAAGAUGAAAGAAAUGGAGGUUUCUAAAAAAGACAAGUCUUCAUUCUUAGCAAACCUUCAACUACCAAGUGCCAAAAAAUGGUCUCUAGAAGAUGAUAGUGGUGAUGAUGCUGAUGCUGACGAUAAUAAAGGUGCAUCAGGAGAAGGUGAAAUGGAAAUUGAUCCCUUGGAUGCAUUUAUGGAGAGUGUACAAGACGAAGUCCGAAAGGUCAAUAAAUUGAGCAAGGUCAAAACUAAUACUGCUAAAACAGCUGGAGUCGUAAUAGUUACAGGGGUGGCCACUCAAAAGACAGAGAAAAAUAAAGGGGAGCUUAUUGAACAGAACCAAGAUGGAUUAGAAUAUUCAUCUGAAGAAGAACAAGAAGAUAUAAAAGACACUGCCGUCAACUUUGCAAAUAAACAGAAGAAAGACCUUGCCAAAGUGGAUCAUGAUGAAAUUUCAUACACAAAAUUCCGCAAAGCAUUUUAUGUCGAAGUACCUGAAAUAGCACGAAUGACUAAUGAAGAGGUGGAAAAAUAUAAAGAAGAGAUGGAAGGCAUUGCAGUUAGAGGAAAAGGAUGUCCAAAACCUGUUAAGGCAUGGGCACAGUGUGGUGUGUCAAAAAAAGAAUUAGAUAUAUUAAAAAAAUUGGGUUAUGAGAAACCCACACCAAUUCAAGCCCAAGCUAUUCCUGCCAUAAUGUCAGGCAGAGACUUGAUUGGAAUUGCAAAAACAGGCAGUGGUAAAACACUAGCAUUCAUGCUUCCUAUGUUCAGGCAUAUUUUAGAUCAACCACCCUUAGAGGAAACUGAUGGACCAGUCGCUAUUAUUAUGACUCCGACCCGAGAGUUAUGUAUGCAAAUUGGAAAAGAUAUACGAAAGUUUUCUAAAAGUUUAGGUUUAAGGCCAGUAUGUGUUUAUGGAGGCACAGGUAUAUCAGAGCAAAUAGCUGAAUUAAAAAGAGGUGCAGAAAUUAUUAUUUGUACUCCAGGAAGAAUGAUAGAUAUGUUGGCAGCGAAUUCUGGCAGAGUGACAAAUUUAAGGAGAGUGACAUACAUUGUUUUAGAUGAAGCUGAUAGGAUGUUUGACAUGGGAUUUGAACCACAGGUAAUGCGUAUUAUAGACAAUGUAAGACCUGAUCGCCAAACUGUUAUGUUUAGCGCAACAUUCCCAAGACAAAUGGAAGCAUUAGCUAGGAGGAUUCUUCAAAAGCCAAUAGAAGUUCAAGUUGGAGGUAGAAGUGUAGUUUGUAAAGAUGUGGAACAAAAUGUUGCUAUUCUGGAAGAAGAUGCAAAAUUCUUCAAACUUUUGGAACUACUUGGGUUAUAUCAACAAUUAGGUAGCAUUAUAGUAUUUGUGGAUAAACAAGAAAAUGCAGAUAUAUUACUCAAAGAUUUGAUGAAAGCAAGUUAUAAUUGUAUGAGCCUUCAUGGAGGGAUUGACCAAUUUGAUAGGGAUUCGACAAUAAUUGAUUUUAAGAGUGGAAAGGUCAAGUUAUUGAUUGCCACAUCAGUUGCUGCAAGGGGUUUGGAUGUUAAGCAAUUGAUAUUAGUUGUCAAUUAUGAUUGCCCAAAUCACUAUGAAGAUUACGUUCAUAGAUGUGGAAGAACAGGUAGGGCGGGUAAUAAAGGUUAUGCAUGGACAUUCUUGACCCUUGAGCAAGGAAGAUAUGCUGGUGAUAUCAUCAGAGCUUUAGAACUAUCUGGGAGUACUGUGCCUGAUUCGCUUCGAACAUUAUGGGAUAAUUACAAGACUGAACAAGAAGCUCUUGGCAAAAAAGUACACACAGGUGGAGGUUUUAGUGGAAAAGGUUUCAAAUUUGAUGAAUCUGAGGCAGCUGCAGUAUCUGAACGUAAAAAGCUCCAAAAGGCUGCAUUAGGUCUUCAAGACUCAGAUGACGAAGACAUGGAACAAGAUAUUGAUCAGCAUAUUGAAAACCUCUUUGCUACCAAACGCACAGUAAAGGAAGUUAAGGCUCCCAACUUACUUGCUCAGUUAGGCAAUGUUUCAAAUACAACUACAGAUAAAUUGGAAUUAGCAAGGAAAUUGGCUUCGCAAAUCAAUCUGGCCAAGAAUCUUGGAACUGAAGCAAAAGGUGCAACACAGCAAGCUGCUGAGGCUAUUCUAAAAGGAGCCGGAGCACAACCAUUGAUCACUGCUAAAACAGUUGCUGAACAAUUGGCAGCUAAGCUCAACACUAAAUUGAAUUAUCAACCUAAAGAGGAGGAUGAUCGUUUAGCAGGAGAUGAACCAGAUCAAACAUUCCGCAAAUUUGAAGAAGAACUAGAAAUUAAUGACUUUCCACAGCAGGCAAGGUGGAGAGUCACUAGUAAAGAAGCUCUUGCACAGAUCAGUGAAUAUUCUGAGGCAGGUCUCACAGUACGUGGCACAUUUGUCGCUCCUGGUAAAUCACCACCAGAGGGUGAACGUAAAUUGUACUUGGCUAUUGAAAGUUCUAAUGAACUUGCAGUGUCCAGAGCAAAAUCAGAAAUCACUAGGCUUAUCAAGGAAGAAUUGCUGAAGUUACAGAGCUCUCAUCAUGCAGUAAACAAAGCCAGAUACAAAGUUUGUUAGAAGAAACAUGUUUUAUUGAAGAGACAUUAUCUAUAAUGGGACAGAUGUAUCUAAAAUAUACAUGUCUUUUUUUAAAUUCAAUAUGUUUUGUAGUGUGGUGUGAUUGAUUGACAUAUUUGCAGAUGGAUGUGUGUAAAUAGUUUAAAUAUUGUCUCCCAUUGUAAUUUGUAAUACAAAUUUCAUUUUCAUUUAGAUUAAAAUGUAUUAGAAAUUUUUAUUAUAUGUUACUGAUAAUUACUAAUAUUUAAGUGGAUAUAUAACCACUCAAUGUUUAUUUCCAAUAUUAGAAUGCACAUCAGUUUGUAGAGAGAAAUGUGUACAUAUUUUUGAAUUUAUUCGUGGGGUGCAUUUCACUUUCUGGAAAACUCUAAAUAACUUUAUAAUAAAUAUGGUUUUGCAGAACAACUAAAAAUACAGCAAUGUAGUGAAGCAAUAUUUAAUUCAUGAAGUGAAAUAU